CGAGAUCACUCUGCCAGUGAGCUUUGGGAGUAGACACGGCACGGACGCUCUACACUACUUGGUCAUUUGCUAAACUAUAUCGUUGGAGCGAGCGCGCAUUUGAAAACGUUGUGUUACAAAAGUUGUACCACUAUUCCUUUGGAUUAAUAUAAGUUUAUUGUGUGUGACGUCAUGGAAUUUCAUCUGAGAUUUCUCUACUUUUUCUUCAUGAUUCAACGGAUAGAAAAAUUAAAAGCUCCGUGUGGGAAAUGGUUCUAAAAUAAUGUGUAAUGAACAUGAGUAUGUUUAUUCGCUCACAAAUUGUGAAAUGUGGUAUAUACGCCUUCUUUAUUACUAUCCACAUUCCAAUACUGCGCGGAGAAGAACAACCACAAUGCCCGAGUUUGGCGGAAAACCCAAUUUGCCCGUGCUAUAAUUUUAAAGAGGGGUUAUUUUUGGAAUGUCCUAGUGCAACAGCCAGUGUUGUAAGAAAUGUGUUAUCCAAAAUUAAAGGAACAAUUCACUCUUUGUCAAUAUAUGAUUUGGAACGAUCAACAACAGAAUUGAAAGCUGACUUUUUUCCUAUUCAUGUGAAAAUAAAUAGUUUGCAGAUAACCCAAUCGGGUAUAAAUAGAAUUGAACCAAACACCUUCCAAACUAUCGACGAAUCACUAACAUCUUUAAGCAUUAUUGCUAGCAAGUUAAACGAAAUUCCACACGAUGCGUUGUUGGGACUGAAAAAUAUUGAAACGCUUGAUUUUCAACUCAACAGUAUUAAGAACAUAGAAGAAAACACCUUUGAGAAGCUUAAAUUAAAAAAGAUAAAUUUAAGAGGAAAUAAAAUAGCAAAUAUAUCAGAAAAUGCAUUCCAGAGUUUAGAAGAAACUUUAGCCGAAAUAGAUAUUACUGAAAAUUUUCUUACUUUUUUUCCUUUAAAAGCUUUAGGUAAUCUUAAAAAUCUUACGAACGUAAGACUGGCUUGGAAUAAAAUAAGUUUAAUUCCUGGCAAUAUUAAUGUAACAGUACCAAACUUGGUUAGUUUAGAUUUAAGUUCUAAUUUAUUUAACAAAAUAGAAAAAAAUUGGUUUAACAGUAUGCCUCACAUAAAAACACUAAUAUUUUUUAGUAACGAAAUAAAUUAUAUAGCGGAAGAAGCAUUUUAUUCACUAGAGAAUUUAGAAAUUAUAGAUUUAAGUAGAAAUAAAAUUGUAAAUAUUGAAAAAAACACGUUUCAGAGGACCGUUAAUAUCCGUUCGAUAGAUUUAAGUCACAAUCAUAUUCAUCAUAUAAAAGGUCUGUUUGCUAACCUUAAAUUUCUGUCCGAAAUUUUUCUAUCCGAAAAUAAUAUUCUGGAAAUACCAGCAGAUGCAUUUUACAACACUUUGGCAUUAAAGGUUUUAAAUUUAGAACAUAAUGCUGUACAGGUAGUACGUCCAAAAAGUUUUGAUUCUUUAUACAAUCUCACACAACUUCACAUGGGAACAAAUUUUUUAAAAAUGCUUCCAAGUAAGAUUUUUCAAUAUAAUCGUAGACUCGAAAUAUUAAGUUUAGAUAAUAAUUUACUUAGAGAAUUAGAUGAUCUUAUAUUUGAUAACCUUAUUGCAUUGAAGGAAAUAAGAUUGCAAAAUAAUGAACUGAGCCAUGUCAGACGAAAUAUUUUCAAUCCACUUCCUGAACUUUUGGAAUUGCAUCUACAAAAUAAUGCAAUUCAAAAUAUUGAGUCUCAUGCAUUUAUAACCCUGAAAAAACUUCAACAUAUUAAUCUCCAAAGCAAUAAUCUGACUACAAUUGGUGAUAUUUUUCCGAAUCGCAAUUCGUCAUUGGUUUCUAUACAAUUGAGUUCCAAUGUUCUGACUUUGUUAAAAAACACCUCCUUGAGAGGACAGCUUAAUGUACAGAUUAUGUGGUUAAACCAUAAUAACAUAAAAUUAUUAACAUCCAACUUGUUUAUAGAUUUAGUAAAUAUACAAAGGUUGUAUUUAAAAAAUAAUAGUAUUAUGUUUAUUGAAGAUAGAACGUUUAUGCAUCUAAAAAAGAUAAAGUACUUAGAUCUAAGUAAUAAUAGAAUAAACAAAAUUGGUAAUGAAACUUUUUAUAAUCUUGAAACCUUAGAGGAACUUUAUCUGAAACGUAAUAAAAUCCAACAUAUAUCAAAAAAUGCAUUAAUACAUUUGGAAAAAUUAAAAAUAUUGGACUUAUCGGAAAAUGAAAUUGUAGUUUUUAACUUCAAUAUAUCUACAUUACCAAUCAAACAAAUCCGGAUGAGUGAUAAUUCAAUUACAACGAUUGAGGGAUCCCUGUUAAAGCUUUUACCAAAUUUAAAUGUUUUGGAAUUUAAAAUGAAUAUGUUGACAGGGGAGGAUAUUUUACAAAUACAAACAGCGGGACUUAAGUCGCUUGUAUUGUCUAAUAAUAAUUUUACUCAUAUAGAGAACAAUACAUUUUCACACCUUUUAUCACUGCAAGUGUUGACAUUAGAAUCAUCAAACAUAUCUCAAUUACCUUCUUCCACUUUUAUCAAGAAUCAAAACUUGUUACGACUCAAUUUAGCUUAUAACAACUUAAAAGAUUUGCAUAAAGACAUAUUUGCUUACACAACUAUCUUGCAAGAACUAAAUUUAAAAGGAAAUCGUUUUUUCGAUUUUCCGCAUUUGGCUUUAUUUAAUAUAACGUCUCUAGAAAAUUUAAAUUUAUGUCAUAAUCACUUGCAGACAAUAGAUUUUUUUAAAUUUGUCGGCUUGCAGAAUUUAAGGAACUUAAAUUUAUGUAAUAAUCAGAUUUCUAUUCUUAAUGGUUUUAAAUCACCCAUGCUUAAAAAUCUAGUUACUUUAAAUUUGAGUAAUAAUAAACUGACUUUUCUUCCACCAAAUUUUCUGCAAUAUUCAACGGGAUUAAAGGAAAUAGAUUUAUCCUGUAAUUUUUUCAAACAUAUUCCUAGUACCGGUCUAUCUGAAUCCGUGUUUCCAGCAUUGACAGUUUUAAAUGUUUCAUCCAAUUUUAUAGAACAAUUAUUACAAACAUAUCCAAUUAAGCUAUUUCCUCUUCUAGAGGAACUAAUUAUUACAAAUACUAAUUUAACCAUUAUAACGAGUAAGGAUUUCGAAUAUUUUCCAUCAUUAAAGAGAUUGAUUUUAAACCAAAAUUUUAUUACUCGAUUAUCACCAGGAGCUUUUCUGAAACUUCAUAAUCUGGAAAUGUUAGACAUCAGUCAAAACAAAUUAGACAAUAUACCGAGAGAAAGGCUUCAAGGGCUAUAUUCAGCAAGACUGAUAAAUAUUUCUCGAAAUACAAUAAGAGAAAUAGAAGAGUUUACAUCAGAUCUACAGAAUCUUCAGACGUUAGACUUAUCAGCCAAUCAUAUUACAAGAAUAACUAAGGACGUUUUUAGAAAUCUCCCCAGUCUUAGUGAACUUUACUUGAACGAUAAUUGGCUAUCGACUAUAACAUCGGACGUAUUUAUAAAGUUAAAAAAAUUGUCUCAUAUUGAUUUGAGGAGAAAUUAUUUUGAAAUAAUUCAACUGAAAAUGUUAACGAAUCUGGAAACACAAAUAAAAACAAUAGCUUUUGAUGAAAACCCUUUGACAUGUAAUUGUGAAUCACAAGAUCUUUGGAAAUGGACUCAGGAUCAUCUGAAAAUUGUUUUAGAAGGAAGCAGAAAUUUACGUUGCGAAUAUCCAGAGGAGCUUCACGGAGUAAGCUUUAUAGAGCUAACAUCUCAAAAGCUCUGUGACAUACCAAUAAUAAAGAGACUUGCUAUACAAGAUAUUCAGACCUACUCGGUUUUAGUUUCUUGGCAAAGUCGCAACCAAAGUGGGUUAAAUGGUUACCAAGUAGCUUACUAUAAAGAACAGACGCCAAACGUUAUACGUGGUAAAGUUUUGAACGCUACAGCUCGGACUACCAGACUGAGUCAUUUGACACCGGGAGCUCGUUAUAACAUUUGUGUUCUGGCAUUAGGUGACUUUGGUAAUAUAGCAACUUCAGCCCUUUAUGGCAAGACAACAACAUCAUUCACAGAACAUUCUGGUGUGAAUUUAUACGGUGAUGAGCAAGUUUUUACAAACUUGCGAUCCUAUAUGAAUAACACUCAUACAAGCAAAUGCACGAGUGUUACAACAAUCGAAAUAUUUAGUGCGGCUUUAGAUAGUCCUUUCUCUAACACGUACAUGGGUAUCACAGAACUGUUAACUAGAAGACUAAGUUUGGUUGUGGGUGGCUGUAUAGGCCUCAUUGUUUUUAUAGUAUUAGUGUCAGUUUUAGGAUAUAUGAAAACAAAGAAAAGACCACCGUUACCAAAAACAGAGGUCCAACAGCCACCACAGUAUAUAUCGUAUGACAAUUUCACUGCAACGAAUAUUGAUGUUCAAUCUACAGAUAUAGAUAUUAAUACUAUUUCAAACAAUACACCGACACCGUUUAAACAGUGUGAGUAGAUGUAAAUUAUAUCUUAUAAUUACUAUGCACAAAUGCAUUUAGGAAUUAUUGUAACGGGAAUCUUCAAAUAAUCUACGAUCACGAUGUUUAUUACAUAUUUUCUACUUUUUUUAUAGGAUAUUUGUAUUCAAAGCUAUUAUUACCUGAAUAACGAAUUUUGUGAUAAGGUUUAUAUUUAUUUUUUCUGAUAACAUCAUUUUUUAUUUUAUGAUAAGUCUGAUCAUGUAAUACUAUUAUUAAUUAAUUUAUAACAAUAUUAUUUAUAAACUGUACAUUAUAAAAAUUAUAAAAUUUUAUAUUAUUGUUAAUCGGUUUUCUUAUUAAAUUUUUGAAACGUUAAACGUUACAUACGCAUUUAUUACUUACUUUUUAAUAUUACUUACCAAAUAUUAUUAUAUAGCCUUAAAUGUAAAUAUAGAUUGUGCCAAAUUAGAAAUGUAUUUUAAAUAUAUCAGUCAUAGAAGUAAUUAUAGUCGAUAUUGCAUUUAUAUUAUGAUGCAAAAUAAUAAUAAUAAUAAAAAAAUAGAUUUAAUAAGCUAUGAUUUAAGAUGAAACAAAAAAAUAUCAUACCUUAGUUUUAUUUUAAAUUGUAAAAGUUAUUACAUCAUUACUGUUUUAAAUAAGACCGGUCUGUUCAUGAUAAAAAU